AACCGGACUUUGAAGAACAGCCCUUGUAAGGGCUGGCAUCACUGCAAAACAGGAUACACUGUUGAGGAGUCUGAUCAAGCGUCGCAUCAUCAUUCAAGCAGUACAGGAGGAAGUCUACAGUCAAGAGAUCAAAUGUAUCCAAAAACAUGAGCAGAUCCCUAAAGGUAGUCCUCUCAAAAAUCUGGAUCCUUUCAUUGAUGCACUCGGCCUUCUGAGAGUCGGAGGCCGCCUCCACAAUGCAAACCUUGAUCAGAGCAAAAAGACUCCAGUGAUCAUUCCUGGCAAACAUCAGGUUGCAACCUUGCUCAUCAAGCAUCACCAUGAACAAAUUUAUCACCAAGGCCGUCUGUUUACAGAGGGAGCCGUCCGUACAGCUGGCUUUUGGAUAGUUGGUGGUAAAAGAAAAGUGAGCAACAUCAUUCACCAGUGUAUAACCUGCAGAAGGCUUAGAGCCCCACUUACUAUUCAAAAGAUGGCCAGUCUUCAAGCGGACCGUCUCUCAACAGAACCUCCCUUUACGAAUGUUGGGCUUGAUGUGUUCGGCCCUUGGAGUGUCUCUUCACGUAGAACAAGAGGAGGCCACUCACACAGUAAACGAUGGGCCGUAAUCUUCACGUGCAUGAGUGUACAAGCGGUUCAUAUUGAAGUCAUAGAAUCCCUUGACACUUCCAGUUUCACUAACGCGCUAAGGCGCUUUCUUGCUGUGCGCGGUCCUGUCAAAAACAUCCGCUCAGACCGUGGCACCAACUUCGUAGGUGCCUGCCGGGAGUUGAAAAUACCCUCAAACAUUGACAACACAACUGUGAAGACUUACUUGUCAGGUCAAGGUUGCUCUUGGACCUUUAACCCUCGACACGCCUCACAUUUUGGGGGUUCGUGGGAAAGAAUGAUUGGUCUUGCAAGAAGAAUCCUGGACUCCAUGUUCCUUCAGCUGAAGGACAAACUUACCCAUGAGGUGCUGGUGACUUUCAUGGCAGAAGUUACAGCCAUUAUAAAUGGCAGACCUCUUGUUCCUGUGACAACCGACUCUGAGGAUUCGAUUAUGUUCACUCCAGCUGCCCUUCUCACUCAAAAAGUGAAUGUCUUGAUUGCUCCUACCGGAGAGUUUGGAGUUUCAGACCUCUACAAGCGCCAGUGGCGGCAGGUACAGCACAUGUCUAACACCUUCUGGGACAGAUGGCGAAAGCAAUUCCUCCCAACACUACAGGCACGCAAGAAGUGGCAUUCCACUCAUCCAAACAUCAACCCAGGAAGUGUUGUUAUCCUCAAGGAUAGUCAAGUACCAAGGAAUGAAUGGCCUCUUGAACUGGUAACACAGACUUUCCCUAGCGAAGACGGGAAGGUACGAAAGGUCGAGAUCAAGGUCACACGAACAGAAGUGACCAAACUCUUUCUUAGGCCUGUUUCAGAGAUAGUGCUUCUUCUCCCCCCAGAGGCCCAGUGAAGUGAACUGUCUAGGAUUUUUUGGGUGGCGUGUAUUCACGCCAGACGGAGAGUGUUUUGUUACAAAAGUUAAAUCUGUUAUACGUUUUAUUUUGAAAACCGGAAAUUGUCAGGUGACAGGAACCAGGAAGUGAGUCGGCUCAGAACUGCCUUUUGAAGUAGUUGUUUUUUCUCCAUCCAGUUGAGUCUGCCUGCAUUCUAUUCCUUUUGAUAGCAUCGUUGUUUUACUCUAUCUCUAUGUCAAUAAACCUGUGGACAACGAAGGACCGUCUUCAGAGUGGUGAUGUGGGGAAAGAGGUCAUCUAACUGCCAAGGUGUAUCGGAACACAUAUACCGACUGCGGCAUAGUGUGUGAUGGGGUCAGCCCACGUAGGCGUGUAUUGGCUGACACCUACAGGUGCAUCAGAUGAGGACUAAUGAGUCCAUAACAUCAGGUUUGAUAAACUAGGAAAUCCCAGGACUUGUUUGAGUUUCACGUUGCCGUCCCUGGUUGGAGUAGGACACAGGCCGGGGGGCGCACGCUAUUUGAGGAUGCCAAACAUUUACAUUGGGCAUUAGGAGGUAAGUGGUUAUGUUUGUUUGGUUUUCACUAUUUCUGAUUAGCCCUGUGACUACGGUAUGUCGUGCAUGUUACGCUCUGUGUUUUGUUAUUAGCCGGCAUACAGCUCACUAGUGUGUGUUUAACUCCUCGUAGCCCUUGGCUCGUCGGACUGUGGCGGUGCGAGACACGUAGACUUACAUGUAAAGUAUUUUCUAUUGCAAUUAACAAAGGAUGACCAGGUGCGCAAUACGGCAUGAUUUCAAGCACAUUCGCCUAGGCAAAGCGACUGUGACGUGGGCCAUAUUAUUAGUUAGCCAUAUUACUAUACGUGUAAUCAUACUGCUCUAUUUUAAUUAGUUAAUUUUUAUUCUAGUUAUCAUUCUCAAUGUUGUCUUUUUGUGAGUAGUAGAGGAAUGAUGUAUCGGGAAAAUGUGCAAUAUCUGCUAAUGUGAACAAUUUCUGUUGUAGAUCUACAAACGAUCAUCAUUCGUAGCCGGACCACUGUUUUCCUCAGUUUAUUUCUUUUUUUUUUCUUUCUUUGGUUUGUAUACUAAGGCAGCUAAAGCCACGUGUCUUGUGCUGUUUGUUGAUGUCUGUUCUCCUUUGUGGGCUCCUUAUUGGGCCUAACCCAGGUAUAGCUCUACUGUGAGGGUAUAGCUGGCAUUAUUCUGCCCUUAAAAGCUUGCAGUGUAAACACUCUUAAUGGUUGAGUUUCGAUACAAUUUGUUGUGUGAUCUUGCUUGAUGUCAACGUGUGAUUUAACUUAGGCGUUUUAAAGUUUGCAGUGGUUCACUAGCGUGUGCAUGAGUAUAUUAGUAAUCACGCAUAGCUGAUUUGUCCGUUGAAAAUUUAGCAGUACGACUAAUUACUUGGGUUGGUCCUCUGGGCCUAUGUUAUGUGUUUUGUUUCCUGGUCCUUUUGUCAUGAUGUACAGUAUAUUGAUUAAUCUAUCUUUGUUACCCCAGCCAAGUACAAGCAAAGAGACCAAAUAACUAUUGACUGUCUGUAACUGCCUCUGGUUUUAUCCAUUUAUUUGGGUAACCUGCAAUACAGAAAUACAUGGUAGCUAUAGAAGCUUGCACUUUUUCACAAAUCAAAAUCAGAAACGAAUCUUUCUAUCACCAGUUCAUGUUUGACUGACAGUUUGUGCUAUAUUGUUGAAACUUGGUGGAGGAGUGAUCAGCCGAGGAAGAACGCAUUAUAUCUUUAGAGAGAUUUUCCUUGGUAGAGCUCAACGGUCUAGUUUCUUUGUGUAUUAGAGCGAUAAUCAUGUUGCCAUUCUGUGCAAUAUUGUCAUCAAUUACUUUCCCAGUUGAAAAAUGUAAAAUCAAACUAUAUUAAAUAUUUCAAAUAAUUGCAAAGAUAAGGCUGUGUGAACUUCGAUUGUGCCAGAAUCUCGCUCAAUGGUCGUGUUUAACGGCUAAUGUUUUUCUACAUCUAUAUAUUGCCUUUUUGA